AUGUCUCUCGCAUCUGGUGUUUCCAUUGCCGAUGAGUGCAUCACUGCAUUCAACGAGUUCCGUCUGAGCCACGGCAAGACCAAGUUCCUCAUCUUCAAGAUUUCCGACGACAAGAAGACCGUUGUUCUUGACAAGACCGGUAGCGAGCAGGACCAGGACUAUGAAGUCUUCCGCACUGCUCUCGACAACUCCAAGGAUGCUGCCGGCAACCCUGUGCCUCGCUACGCUGUCUACGAUGUUGAGUACGACCUCGGCGGUGGUGAGGGCAAGCGAAGCAAGAUUAUCUUCAUCUCCUGGGUUCCCUCCGACACCCCCACCAGGUUGUCCAUGAUCUACGCCUCCACCCGUGAGAACCUCAAGAAUGCUCUCAACGUUGCCACCUCCCUCCACGCCGACGACAAGAGCGACAUUGAGUGGAAGGCCGUCCUGAAGGAGGCCAGCGGUGGCAAGGCUAAAUAA